AGCUUCCUCCCGCGCGCUCCGGCUCCAGCCGGCCGCUUCCACCGCCCGGUUUUCCUCUCGGGGCGGGCUCCGGCUCCAAAGACUCCGGGCGGGCGGGCGCGGAUCCGGCGCCGGGUUUUGACCGGGGCCCGGCCGGGGAAGUUGCCGAAGUUGGGCAGCGGGCGGCGGGCGGCGGCGGCGGCGGCACGUCCUUCCUGCGGCCCGGCCGGUGCAUGAUGGAAGCAGCAUGGCCGCCCACCUCUCCCUCACGCAGCUGUCAAGUGCAAAUCCUGUGUAUGAGAAAUUCUACCGACAGGUUGAUUCUGCCAAUACUGGAAGAGUGUUAGCUUCUGAUGCAGCUGUUUUCUUGAAAAAGUCCGGAUUGACAGAUUUGGUACUUGGAAAGAUUUGGGACUUAGCUGAUACUGAUGGCAAAGGAAUCCUGAACAAACAGGAGUUCUUUGUGGCUUUACGACUUGUAGCAUGCGCACAGAAUGGAUUGGAUGUUUCCCUGAGUAGUCUUAAUUUGCCCGUUCCUCCACCAAGAUUUACUGAUACUAGUAGUCCUUUGCUACUCAGUGGAACAGCAUCAAGUGAUGUACCAUGGGCUGUUAAGCUGGAAGACAAAGCCAAGUACGAUGCUAUUUUUGACAGCCUAAAUCCCAUUAACGGACUAUUGUCAGGGGAUAAGGUGAAACCUGUACUCCUUAACUCAAAACUGCCAGUGGAUAUCUUAGGACGAGUGUGGGAAUUGAGUGAUAUUGACCGAGAUGGAAUGUUGGAUCGCGAUGAGUUUGCAGUGGCAAUGUUUUUGGUGUACUGUGCGUUGGAGAAAGAACCAGUGCCAAUGUCCUUGCCUGCAGCUUUGGUGCCACUAUCCAAGAGAAAACCUAUUAGUGUUCCAGGAGCAAUGCCAUUAAUUCCAUCUUCAACGUCAACCAAAGAUUCACAUCAGUCCUUGCCACCUGUAGGCAUUUUAGCUGCCAAAACACCAUUAUCACAGUGGGUUGUAUCGCCUGCAGACAAAAUUAAGUACGAUGAGAUCUUUGUGAAAACUGACAAGGACAUGGAUGGAUUUGUGUCAGGUGUGGAAGCCAGAGAACUAUUCUUGAAGACAGGACUGCCUUCUGCUCUCCUUGCACAUAUCUGGGCUCUCUGUGACACAAAGGACUGCGGGAAGCUUUCAAAGGAACAGUUUGCUUUGGCUUUCUAUUUAAUCAAUCAGAAAUUAAUGAAGGGCAUUGAUCCACCUCAGGCUCUGACUCCAGAGAUGAUUCCACCUUCAGACAGAAGUGUCAGUUUACAGAAGGGUACUCAAGGACUCAAUUCUGUAGCAGAUUUUUCUGCAAUUAAAGAACUUGAUACUUUAAACAACGAAAUAGUAGACCUGCAGAGGGAAAAGAAUAAUGUAGAGCAAGACCUGAAGGAGAAGGAAGAUACCAUCAAACAGAGGACGAGUGAGGUCCAGGAUUUACAAGACGAAGUAAAGCGGGAGAGCAAUAAUCUGCAGAAGCUGCAAGCUCAGAAACAGGAAGCCCAGGAAAUCCUUAAUGAUCUUGAUGAGCAGAAGGCCAAGUUGGAAGAGCAACUUAAUGAUAUCAGGCAGAAGUGUGCAGAGGAGGCCCAUUUGAUUGCCAUGCUGAAGGCUGAAAUAACGAGCCAGGAGUCAAAGAUUUCAGCAUAUGAAGAUGAACUGACCAAAGCUCAAGAGGAGCUGAGUCGUCUGCAGCAAGAAACUGCAGAGCUUGAGCAUUGCAUAGAGUCUGGGAAAGCACAGCUGGGACCUCUUCAGCAACAUCUGCAGGAUUCACAACAGGAAAUCAAUUCAGUGCAAACAAAACUUCUUGAGCUAAAAGAAUUGGAAAAUAACCAAUUUAGUUGGCACUCUCAGACACAUAACGUACUUGUUAAUGGAACUGUGGAUCAUUCUAGUCUUAGCAACAGCAGCAGUGAAACCGCUAACCUUAAUGAGAAUGCUGAAAGGGAGAGUAUAGCAGAAGAAGAACAAGUAAACAAUGCAUCUCCAGCAAGGAAUAGUCCUGAAACAACAGCUGCUGUUGUGGAAGAAGAGAAAGAGAUCCCAGCUGCAACUAUUACCAAAAAAGAGGAUCCAUUUGAUGCUGAGUCUCAUCCAUUGCCUGAUCUAGUUUCUGAAGCCAGCCUAGAGUUCUUCCAGUCUGACCCUUUUGUUGGCAGUGAUCCCUUCAAAGAUGAUCCCUUUGGGAAAAUUGAUCCCUUUGGUGGUGAUCCCUUCAAAGGCUCAGAUCCUUUUGCAACUGACUGUUUUUUCAAACAAUCCUCCACUGAUCCUUUUGUGACUGCAGGCACUGAUCCAUUUACCACUGCUGGCAACAGCAAUAAUACCACAACGGAGAUAUUGAAGAAAAAUGAUCCUUUUGCUCCUGGUGGAACAACUGUUACUACAUCAAAUGAUCUAGCUACAGACCCCUUUGCCUCUCUGUUUGGAAACGAAUCCUUUGGAAGCGGUUUUGCUGACUUCAGCACACUGUCUAAGGCCAGCACCGAGGAUCCCUUUAGCUCUUCCACAUCAGGUUCUGGCAACAAUGUGGUCAUAACUAAAAACUUAUUUGAAGAACCACCAUCCAAAAAUGAGGAUGUUCCUCCUGCAUUGCCCCCUAAAACAGGAACUCCCACGAGGCCCUGUCCACCACCACCUGGGAAAAGACCUAUCAAUCAAAUAGACUCUUCAGAUUCCUUUAAACCGAGCGAUCCAUUUCAGCCUUUCCCCACCCCAGACAUUCCCAAAGAACAAGAAGCAGAUCUAUUCUGUGAUCCAUUUGCUCCCACCAGCGUCAGUAAAGAGGCUGACCCCAACAAUUUUGCAAACUUCAGUACUAAUCCAUUUCAUAGAAGUCGUGGUGUCCAAGCAGUAGAAGCAAAUCUAAAGUAUUCUACUGAGGAAGACAUGAUUGAAUGGGCUAAGAGGGAAAGUGAGAGAGAAGAGAAAGAAAGAUUGGCAAGACUAAAACAGCAAGAGCAAGAAGACUUGGAACUGGCUAUUGCACUCAGUAAAUCUGAAAUAUCAGAAGCAUGAAGCUUAGAAUAAGAUUUGUCUUAUGUCAACUGUUUUUGUCCCUUUUCCUGAAUACCUAACCUAUUUAAAUGUUAAUCAGAAGAUACGUAUAUACAGGAAAAUAAGGAAGGUUUUAAACUUCUGAAAGUGGUGCGAACGUUUCUGCUAAAUUCAAUCCUUUUGUUUGUUUGUUUUUGUUUGAAUUACUUAAUUUUAGCAUUCAAUUUCUCUCAAGUUUUCAGGAGAACAAGGAACUUUUCCCAGUUGUAAGCAAAUCAGUUUUAAAUGCAGCAAAUGAGAUUGUAGUUUGACUGUAAUCUGUCAGCAGUUGGUAAUUGAGCAUAAAGUGAACAUAGCAAUUAUUUUGCCGUGGCUGGCUGUCUCCCGUCAAGCAGUUAGCCAUUUGAAACCUUUUAUCCUUCUUCUAAAGAUAUUAGUAAUGCCAGAGUUGUGGAGUGCUUCAUUUUAUAUGUAUGCAUAUAGAUUUUUCUCUUCAUUGAAGAUUCUAUGUUUGGACUUGCAAUAACAAUCUUCAUAGAGUCUAAGUUUAAAAAAAAAAGUGUGUGUCUUACUGAAACCUUUAAUGCUUUUCUUGCAUGGCCAUAGGUUUUAAGACCAGCUAUUUUGUUUUAUAAAGAAAUUAACGGAAGAUUCAUGUGCAUUUGCUGUUGGCCAAGAUGACUGUCAAAUUACAAGAACCCACAGCUAUUUGAGCCAGUUUUGCUUGUGAAAUAUGCAGCUGAACUGGCAAGGUGUGAUAAAUCGAAAUUGAAAUGGGAUUGAGAAUAGAAAGAAAACAUGUAGUCUGAUUUUUUUUUUUUUAAACCACACUUUUUUUUCCUGUAUGUAUAAUUUAUUGAAUGCCAACUGAUAGUUGCACCUUAAACUGAAUUUCUUUGUGGUCACUGAGUAGGAUUGAUAGAAUGUUAAUGAAAAUAACUUAAAGAAAAUAACUUAUUGUUCACUUUGGAAAGAACUCCAUUCUGGAGAAUCAAUUUCAUUAAAAUUCCAAAAAGAAUAAUCUUUUGCCCUAUCUUAGACAAAUGGAUGACAACAGCAUAAGCAUCAAGAGAUUUUUUUUCUUGCACUUUUAACUUGUGGUAUUUCUGUUGAGAAAAUGGAGAAGUUUCAACGCGCAGCACUGAGUAGGGGGGAGAACUCAGCCAUGCUUCAGUAUAUUUAAGCUCUUCCUAUUACCUAUCAAUGCUGCUGUUGAAAGAGUUUGGUAGUUUUCAAUUUUUCAGGAAAAUGAGUAAUCAGACUGAGAUGUUUUUUCUUUUGCACUGGGAAAUGAGCAUUUAACCACCUGCUCAAAAAGGUAACUUAAAAUUUUGCAAGGAUUAAAUCGUUAUAACUUAUCUAUACAUCUUUGUAAUGAGUGUACACUAAUCUUGCAAAUCAUAUGCUUAACUGGAUUACAUAGUUUCUUAUCUUUUGUUAAAAAUGUAUACUCAGUGGACCAACACAAUAUUAUUAUGUAUAUAUUAUAUAUAUAUAUAUUCCUGCUUUCCUUUAUGGAAUUUAAAGUUUUGAGUCAUUUGAUGUUACAUUUCAUGUUACUGACUCUGACUAUAGUACUUUUACUCAGACUACCAACAAACCACUGCUGUGAGCUAAAUGGCAUUACUUAUGUUUUAUCUGUUUGUUUUUUUUUUUAAAGAAACUUGUUCAGGUGGGAUUAGCCUCUAUUUAUAGACUUUUGUUUAAAAAUUCUAACAAUAGCCUGUAAUUAUGAAGAAAUAAAAUUUAAGUACAUAAGUGUGAAA